AUGGCCAUUUCCAAGAAUGGCUGGACUCUCAUUGCAGCUGUGGUGGUGAUAAUCUGUAUUUUGGAAACAGAAAAGGUGACUCAGAUCUUCAGCCUUCUUUCACCGGAGCCAAAUGAAGAUGACGAUGUUCUACUUCACACAAGACAAAAGAGAGAGGCCUCUUCAGAUCUGAACUCAGUGACAGAGUAUGAGGUGGAUGUGGAGCUUAAUGUUACAGACUUUGAGACAGUGGACAGACUUCGGACAUUACUACAGAGUGGCAACUUCUCCCUGACCCUGGGCCCCUCUCUCAACCUCACACACAUCGAAAUAACUACAGUGUGUUCCCAAAAUGGCUCGGAAUUCCAGUGCAGAUGUGAAGAUCAAUUUGUGUGGUCCUAUAACAGCUGUCUUACAUAUGGAGCUUGUGAUGAAAUGAUUAAUGACGCCUGCACAUGUAUAAAUAAAAUCCCCUCUGAUGGACUGUACUGUCAACCCAAACAAGACCCCCCUCAGACUAUAUUUGAAUAUGAAGUCAUAAUAGAGCUUGGAACUACGGACUUUGAUCAACUGAGAAACAGUCUACAAGCAAUCACUUUACCUGUUCAAAUCAAUUCACAAGUGAAGAUAUCUGAAAUUGACAUCACAACAGUGUGUACACCAAACAACAACAGUUACCAGUGCACAUGUGAGGAGCAGUACCGAUGGCCAUGUGACUUGUGUGUAUCCUAUGGGUCAUGUGACAGCAUCUCUAAUGACACCUGUGGAUGCAUCCAUGGUCUUCCUCCGGAUGGACAGCAGUGCCAGCCUCUUGACAGCAACUUCACAGUCUGUCCAUCAACUACAUCGGUGCCAACUACAGAUACAACACAGAUGAACACAACAUCACCUACAACAGUUUCCUCCACUGUAAUCACCACUCCUGCGUUUCUUCAUAGAUACAUCGUUUCUGUUGUGUUGAACACUACAGACUCAGCACUGAUAAAUCAGCUGAGGAACGUUUUGAGAAACAACUCUUACCCCAUCAGUGUCCACAACAACAUACGCAUCAACAGUGUUGAUAUUUCUACAGUGUGUACACCAAACAACAACAGUUACCAGUGCACAUGUGAGGAGCAGUACCGAUGGCCAUGUGACUUGUGUGUAUCCUAUGGGUCAUGUGACAGCAUCUCUAAUGACACCUGUGGAUGCAUCCAUGGUCUUCCUCCGGAUGGACAGCAGUGCCAGCCUCUUGACAGCAACUUCACAGUCUGUCCAUCAACUACAUCGGUGCCAACUACAGAUACAACACAGAUGAACACAACAUCACCUACAACUGUUUCCUCCACUGUGAUCACCACUCCUGCGUUUCUUCAUAGAUACAUCGUUUCUGUUGUGUUGAACACUACAGACUCAGCACUGAUAAAUCAGCUGAGGAACGUUUUGAGAAACAACUCUUACCCCAUCAGUGUCCACAACAACAUACGCAUCAACAGUGUUGAUAUUUCUACAGUGUGUACACCAAACAACAACAGUUACCAGUGCACAUGUGAGGAGCAGUACCGAUGGCCAUGUGACUUGUGUGUAUCCUAUGGGUCAUGUGACAGCAUCUCUAAUGACACCUGUGGAUGCAUCCAUGGUCUUCCUCCGGAUGGACAGCAGUGCCAGCCUCUUGACAGCAACUUCACAGUCUGUCCAUCAACUACAUCGGUGCCAACUACAGAUACAACACAGAUGAACACAACAUCACCUACAACAGUUUCCUCCACUGUAAUCACCACUCCUGCGUUUCUUCAUAGAUACAUCGUUUCUGUUGUGUUGAACACUACAGACUCAGCACUGAUAAAUCAGCUGAGGAACGUUUUGAGAAACAACUCUUACCCCAUCAGUGUCCACAACAACAUACGCAUCAACAGUGUUGAUAUUUCUACAGUGUGUACACCAAACAACAACAGUUACCAGUGCACAUGUGAGGAGCAGUACCGAUGGCCAUGUGACUUGUGUGUAUCCUAUGGGUCAUGUGACAGCAUCUCUAAUGACACCUGUGGAUGCAUCCAUGGUCUUCCUCCGGAUGGACAGCAGUGCCAGCCUCUUGACAGCAACUUCACAGUCUGUCCAUCAACUACAUCGGUGCCAACUACAGAUACAACACAGAUGAACACAACAUCACCUACAACAGUUUCCUCCACUGUAAUCACCACUCCUGCGUUUCUUCAUAGAUACAUCGUUUCUGUUGUGUUGAACACUACAGACUCAGCACUGAUAAAUCAGCUGAGGAACGUUUUGAGAAACAACUCUUACCCCAUCAGUGUCCACAACAACAUACGCAUCAACAGUGUUGAUAUUUCUACAGUGUGUACACCAAACAACAACAGUUACCAGUGCACAUGUGAGGAGCAGUACCGAUGGCCAUGUGACUUGUGUGUAUCCUAUGGGUCAUGUGACAGCAUCUCUAAUGACACCUGUGGAUGCAUCCAUGGUCUUCCUCCGGAUGGACAGCAGUGCCAGCCUCUUGACAGCAACUUCACAGUCUGUCCAUCAACUACUUCUGUGCCAUUCACACCUCUGCAAACUACAGUGACAUCAACUACUACCAUCGCCACUACUGCCCCGAAUACAACAACUCCUUUCCCUAAUACUACAACUCCUUUCCCCAAUACUACAACUCCUUUCCCCAAUACUACAACUCCUUUCCCCAAUACUACAACUCCUUUCCCCAAUACUACAACUCCUUUCCCUAAUACUACAACUCCUUUCCCCAAUACUACAACUCCUUUCCCCAAUACUACAACUCCUUUCCCCAAUACUACAACUCCUUUCCCCAAUACUACAACUCCUUUCCCCAAUACUACAACUCCUUUCCCCAAUACUACAACUCCUUUCCCCAAUACUACAACUCCUUUCCCCAAUACUACAGCUCCUUUCCCUAAUACUACAACUCCUUUCCCCAAUACUACAACUCCUUUCCUCAAUACCACAACUCCUUUCUCCAAUACUACAACUCUAUUGCCUAAUACUAUAGCUCCUUUCCUCAAUACUACAACUCUUUUGCCUAAUAAUACAACGACUUUCCCCAAUACUACAACUCCUUUCCCUAAUACUACAACUCCUUUCCCCAAUACUACAACUCCUUUCCCUAAUACUACAACUCCUUUCCUCAAUACUACAACUCUUUUCCCCAAUACUACAACUCUUUUGCCUAAUACUACAACUCCUUUCUCUAAUACUACAACUCCUUUCCCCAAUACUACAACUCCUUUCCCUGAUAGCACAACUCCUUUCCCCAAUACUACAACUCCUUUUCCCAAUACUACAACUCCUUUUCCCAAUACUACAACUCCUUUCCCUAAUACUACAACUCUUUUGCCUAAUACUACAACUCCUUUCCUCAAUACUACAACUCCUUUCCCCAAUACUACAACUCCUUUCCCCAAUACUACAACUCCUUUCCCUAAUACUACAUCUACAGUUCCCACUACUACAAGUACAGCUCCCAGUACUACAACUACUUUUCCAAAUACUACAUUUACAGCUCCCACUACUACAAGUACAGCUCCCAGUACUACAACUAUGUUUUCAAAUACUACAACUACAGAUCCCAACACUACAACUAUUUUUCCAAAUACUACCACUCCUACUUAUACUCCCACUCCUCCUAUUAAUACUACUGCAACCCAUAUUCCCACUACUACCACAAAUACUACAACUCCAAAUAUUAUCAAUACUACUACUCCCACCACAACUACACCUAUGCCCACUACUACAACUACAAUUACAACUACUACUAUUCCCACUACUAUAACUACUACAACUCCUACAACAACAAUAAAAACUACCACUACAACUACACCUACUACUAUUCCCACUACUAUGACUUCUACAAAUACAACUAUUACUACAGAAGUGACCCAUGAUCCGCCUUUCGAAACAACAACUACUCCUACAACAACUACUCCUACAACAAUUCCUCCUACAACAAUUCCUCCCACAACAAUUCCUCCCACAACAAUUCCUCCCACAACAAUUCCUCCCACAACAAUUCCUCCCACAACAAUUCCUCCCACAACAGUUCCUCCCACAACAAUUCCUCCCACAACAAUUCCUCCCACAACAAUUCCUCCUACAACAAUUCCUCCAACAGUUCCUCCCACAACAAUUCCUCCAACAACAACUCCUCCAAAAGGAAAGAAGCUAGAAAUGUCAAUAAAAUUAGAUAAACAAUAUCAACCCGAACUAGCUGACACAUCAAGUCAAGCCUUCAAAAAUCUUAGGAAUCAAGUUCAUCCUGUGCUGGACAAUGAAUACAAGAGCCUCAGAGGGUUCAGGGGAGUUAGUAUAAAUGCUUUCAAGCCCGGCAGUAUAGUAACAGAGUAUACUGUUGAGACCUCUCAGAUUAACAGUGACGAAGUGACUGCAGCAAAUGCAAAAAUACCUGAUGCCAUGAAGGGGGUUGCUCCCGUCAUUGGCUCUGUCACUGUUUCUUUUACAGCAUCUGAAUCACUUACUUUCCCCCAAUCCACCUACACUGGUAAAAGCAUGACACUGAAAUGUGGGCCCCCACCUUCGGACAUCGACCUGGGUGUGCUUGAUGGUGUGGAAUGGAAGUUUAAAGGUGUUACUUUGAGAGAUGGUCGUCGAUAUUCUAUAAGCAGAAACAAUUUAGAAUCAUCUCUCACUGUCAAUGAAGUGAUUCUGGCAGAUAAGGGAUCCUACGAGUGCACUUUGAAAGGCACAAAUCUGAACUACAUCCAAAAAGGAUCCGUAAAUAACAUCAAGCAAGCGCCCAAUAUACGAGUCAGUGGUGCAAUAAAUGCCAAAUGUGACGGUUCAUUUCUAAACCUAACAUGCUGUGUGCAGUCGAACUACAAAGUUACAUGGUAUUCGAGUGGCACUUCUUUAAAUGAUGUGGGAUCUUUAGAAACUGGAGAAUAUUGCAUAAAAAUUCCAAUAGAAAAAAAAUGUGAUAGCACUAAAAAUACAAUAUACAUUUGUCAGGAGAACACCCUCAAGGAAUACAAAAAAACAACAACAGUGACCCUGUUCCCAGAACCACCAGCGUGUGUUGAUAACAUAUAUGGGACUGGGAGAGUAGGAGACAUCUCUGUCAUCGGCUGUGACACAGGGCAGGAGGGCAGCAGGACAGCAGUGUGUGAGACUAGUGGGAGAUGGAGGCUUAUGGACGACACCUGCAUCGUGGAAGAAAUCAAAGAACUGUUGACUGAAUCAGAGGAUUUGAAUCCCGUUCUAGUGCCUGAUUUUGUAGAUAAACUGAAGGAGACUGUUGAAACAGAGAAAGAGGCCAUUACUGGAUCAUCAGCAACAAUCUCGGCCAUUGUUGAAAUUGUCGACACAGUUUCUAACGUCACAAAGACUGUUGAAAAAUCUGUCAUGAAGAAUGUCCUUGAGGUGGCGGACGAGCUCACCUCAGACAGUGCCGCUCCUGCGUGGAAGACCCUGAACACAAACAAGAGUAGUAACGCCAGCUCACAGUUCCUGGGUUCUCUGGAGCACCUGUCCGAAGGCCUACAGGGGGAGUUCUCUAUCAUAACCCAGCGCAUCAUGCUCAACAGAACCACAUUCAAUAACUCUUACUCCGCCCUCCUCAACUUCAGUGUUCAAGUGGACAUCCCCGACUCUCAGCUCGACAACGUCUCCAUAACAACCAUCGUCUUCUCUUCACUGAAUAACAUCAUGCCUGCACGAGAUGCAAGUUUUAAUGUCAGCCUUCUUACAACAACAAACUCCACUGAGAAUGACACAGAGCCAGUUGUUUUGGACAAUGUGAUCAAUGCAGACGUGGUGCUUAUUAAAGUCAAUCAAGAAAUCAAUAACGUUACACUGAGUUUUGAUAAAAGCAAUGACUCACUUCCCCUCAAUCCUCAAUGCGUGUUUUGGAAUUUCAGCCUUCUGGAUGGCCUCGGAGCAUGGGAUGACGAAGGAUGUACAUUUCUUUCAGACAUUAACAACACAGUAACAUGCAGGUGCAACCAUCUGACCUCCUUCUCCAUUCUCAUGUCCACAGACAUUCCUGAAUCCAUACGUGAACCUUUGAAAAUCAUUACGUACAUUGGCGUUGGCAUAUCGUUGGGCAGUCUGGUCAUUUGCCUUAUUAUUGAAGGGUAUGUCUGGAAAGCUGUCACCCGAACUAGCACUGCUUUUAUGCGACACGUCUCCAUCGUAAAUACCGCUCUUUCCUUGUUGAUUGCUGAUAUAUGUUUCAUCAUUGCCGCCUUUGUUGCAAAGAAACCUCCGGAAAAGGAGAAUGAGGACUAUGAAAUACCACUUGGACCGUGCAGCACCGCCACGUUUUUUAUGCACUUUUUCUACUUAGCACUUUUCUUCUGGAUGCUGGUGUUUGGAUUGUUGCUUUUUUACCGGAUGGUGAUGGUCUUCUCACACAUGUCCAAAUCCACCAUGUUGGCAGUGGGCUUUUGCGUCGGCUAUGGAGGACCGCUGAUCAUCGCUGUGGUUACUGUUGCCGCUACCGCCCCAGGGAAUGGGUACAUCCGGAGAUACAACACAUGCUGGCUCAAUUGGCAUGAGACUAAGGCCCUUCUAGCCUUGGUCAUACCUGCCUUAACUAUAGUGUUUAUUAACAUUAUAAUUCUGUUUGUGGUACUGUACAAGAUGCUGAGGAGUGGGGGUAUAGGAGAGGCAAAUGAAAGUGAUAGCCACACAAUUAAGGUGAUAGUGCGCUGUGUACUCAUUCUGACGCCCUUAUUUGGACUGACCUGGUCUUUAGGUGUAGGGACAAUGGUGGCGCCAAAAAAUGAAGGAAUCCACAUCGCAUUUGCGUUCUUCAAUUCUUUACAGGGUUUAUUUAUUUUAAUCUUUGGAACACUCUUUGAUUCCAAGAUCCGUGCCACCCUGUUAAGAAAAUCACCAGCAAUGGUAUCAUCUGGUUCUGGCUCCAAUCGAAGAAGCACCAGUUCCGGUGCCUUCAGUGCACUCCUCAGCAGACUCCCUGGCAGACGAGAUGUGUAUCACCUGUCACACGCAACCAGCAGCACCACUGACCCUGUGGAGGUCUAUUCCAACAUAUAAACUGCUUUUUUCUCACUGUGGGGUCUUAAAGGGGCACCAUGUAACUUUUUGGGGGAGGUCCGCAACCUGUUUGUUCCCAUGGAGAUUUUAUUGUUUUACCAGAAAUGUUCCACAGUAUUAGCCUGAUUCAUCAGCCAGUUUCACUUCGUAGAAACUGUCUGACGUUAGAAUUUGUUCACUCAACGGUAGGCGAGUACUUUUUUUAUUUGGUCGUGACAUAGGAAUCCCGUAGGAAGAAAGGCAAUAAUGUCUUUCCCCUUGAUAAAAUUCACUAAACAUUCUCUUUGUUCCAGCAUUAAAUCCUCGAUCUCAGGAAUCGUUGACAACACAGAAUGUAUGGCUCUUUGCUGAUUGGCUGGUGCCCGAACUUGCACUUCCAGGGUUUUUGUGAACCGUCUAGUGUAUUCUGAUU